AUGUUCGUGGUGGACUUUAUUUUGCCGCAGACAAUGGAGUUUAGUACUUAUUCCUACAUUCGAAUUUUAAUAGUCGCCCUGUUCCAGAGUCGAUCCUUGAGCUUGGCACCCCUAGCCGAUUGCGAUCGUCAUUUGACCGCCCUUUGCGUGAAUAAAAACCGGAAGUUAUUGGCCUUUGCGGAGCGAGGUGAUCGACCCUACGUGAUUGUCUAUGAUUUAGAAAUGCGGAAACGCCGCAAAGUCCUUCGCUGUGCCGAAUUUUCCAGUGAAGAGGUCAUCUCUUUGGCCUUUUCACAUGAUUCCAAGUAUUUAUUGGCCCAAGGGGGAGCUCCAGACUUCUCCUUAGUGUAUUUCUUUUGGGAGAAGAACAAAGUGAUCACCACUUUGAAGAACUUGAGCACACCUAAAGUCCCCAUUCACGAAGUGUCUUUCCACCCCAAGAACCAUAAUGUGAUCUGCAUCAUUGGGAGUGGUUUCUUCCGGAUGUGUCGUUUGACUGAGGGUGUUUUGAAACAGUUUGGGUUCCAAAAAGGGGAACAUCACCAAAUGUUAUGUCAUGAUUGGAUGAACUCCAAGCAUGUACUCAUUGGGACUAAAUCUGGAAAAGUCUUACUUUUGGAGGAUGCUGAGCUACGCGCCACUAUCGACGUACACGCUCUGGUUCAAGAGGUCCUAGCUGAGUCAUCAAAUCAACUUCUCAUGAGUGUUCCUGUCCGAGAUCACUCCAGUGGAAGCACAUUAAGUGCUUGUGGAAGCAGCUCAAGCAGUUUUGUUUCCGAAGACCGUUUCGUUCACGCCAUCGUGGCUUUCAAGUCGGGUUUCCUCUGCUCCCUUGGGCUGGGCAAGGUGGCUGUUUUUGAGCUCUUGAAGCCUUUGAAGACCUUAAGAGCGGACGAUGAAAUCUCGUUCAAAGUUCGCCAUUUGAUUCGUCUGCCGAAAUCCACCUCACCCACGAGCUUCAAAGGAAACAUGAAGAAUCUGGGAACUAAAGUCAUCUCGAUUGCUCUCAACAACAAUGAGUCCCACCUUAUUGCUCUAACCGAGACUCUGCAAAUAGUCUCCUUCAAUUUCAAGGUUCUAUUUUCAGAGGGAUCUCUUUCGUCUAAUUUUCAAGCCUCAAAAUCCGGAGGAGUUCUGUCCUCGCAAUCGAAGCCGAAAGGAAUCAAUGAAUUCCGCAUCUUGUCAUAUCCAUUUCAUAAUGGAGCCAUCAAUGGAAUGGAUGUUUGUCAAAGGAAACCAAUUGUGGUGACAUGUGGUGUGGACAAAACCAUUCGAAUUUGGAACUACCUCACGCUAGAAAUGGAACUGAGUCGUGAAUUCGAAGAGACCGUGGAAUCUGUUGCCCUUCACCCCACCGGCCUUCAAAUUUUGGCCGGAUUCGCUGACCGCCUUCGUCUCAUGAACUUGCUCAUUGACGAUAUCGAUCCCUACAUGGAGUUCAAUAUCAAAUCUGCUAGUGUGUGCAAAUUCAGCCGAGGAGGACAUUUGCUCUCAGCCACGUCAGAUCGGGAUAUUGUGGUCUAUUCGACUAUUCAUUUUGGUCAAAUGGCAUUGCUAAAAGGCCACAGUGAUCAAAUCACGGCCAUGUGCUGGUCCUUUGAUGAUCGAACCUUGGUGUCUUGCGCCAAUGACGGUUCCAUUUACGAAUGGGAUAUUUCCAAUCACGGUCAGCGUGUUCAAGAAUCCGUGAUUAAGACCUGCUCCUACAAUGACGUCACACUCGAUGCGGCUGAGGAAGAGAAACUUGUUACUUAUGCCGUGGGAUCGGAUAAAACGAUCAAGGAGAUUUGCCAAUCCGGUCUGCUCCGAGAAAUUGACCUUCACACAUUGACCUUAUCCUCCGUGGCAUUGUCCUUCGAUCGGCGUAUGCUGUUUUCAGGCAGCACGGAUGGGCGUGUUCAAGCCUUCAAAUUUCCAUUAACCCUACCCGGCACCUGGGAGGAGUGCGAUUUACACGGCGAUGCGGUCACUCAGAUCCGGUUGUCCCAUGAUAACCGUCGAUUGAUUACAGCUGGACGCGAUGGGUCGCUUUGCAUUUGGAGCAUAUCCAAGAUGGACUUGGGGGAGGUGGUCCAAUACGAUUACGCUCAUGAGAUUCUCAUAACAAAAAUCGACUUGGAGGAGAAGAACAAGCUCAUUUUUAAUCUUCAAGAUCAAGUGGAGGAAACGAAAACGGAAAGCGAAUAUCAAUUGCGUCUGAAGGACAACCAAUACGAAGAGGAGAUCAAUUCGAAUAAAAAGAAGGCUAAUGGCCAAUUGGCAGAGAUGAGAGCCACCAUUCACAAGCUACAAAACGACCUAGAUCGAGGAAAACGUGACCAUGAUAGCGUAAAGGCCAAAAUGAAGUCUUCAAACGAGAAGGCUCUCAUUGAAUUGGCCGAUCAGUACAAAUCCAAGUUGAUCGUGGAAUAUCAAAAGUUUGAGACUUUGGAAGAGGAGCACACCGCGAUGAAAAACUCAUAUGAGCGGAAACUAAAAGAAGCCUUGAAGGCCAAGGAAGAGGCCUUGGUUAAGCAAGGUGAAGAGCAUUUGACCAAAAUCCAAGUCAAAGAUGCUGAGAUUGCGAAGAAAGAAAGCGAAGCUGAGCUAAAAGUAAAGGCCGUCGAAGAGAUGCUCCGACAAACCGAGGAAGAUGCGGACAAAGAGAUUAUGGAGAUGAAACGAAAGUACGAGAAGCAACUUCGAUUUGAGAAAGAUGCCAAUGUUCGCUUACGUGGCGAAUCUGGCGUGUUGAAGAAAAAAUACCACAACUCUAUCGGUGAAGUCGAAGACCAACGAGCCAACAUUCAGAAAGCGACACAUGACAAUCAGAAACUUCAGCAAAGUAUCCGCAACAUGGAAAAAGACAUGACAGACCUGAAGAAAGAAGUGCGACUCCGAGAUGAGACCAUUACGGAACGGGAGCGACGAAUCGCCGAUCAACGCAAAUAUGCGAUGGAAUUGGAAAAAAAUCGGUACGUCCUCGAGCACAAGAUCGAGGAACUGAAGCGCCAAAUCCAACCUAAGGAUGAGACGAUUCGCCUGCUCCAAGGGCAAAUCCAGGAGAUGGAAAGUGAACUGAACACGGUGAGCAAGAUCCACACGGAUUUGGAGCUUCAAGUUGAGGAUGCCAAGGCCAGGGCCAUGGCUUACAGCGGCGAGCUCGUCGCUGAGAAGAAGAAGGUGGUGAAGCAAAGCAUCACGAUUGAGCGCAUGAACAAAGACCUGGGUUUGUUAGGCAGUAAUAUCCAGGAUGGGAAACAGCUCAAAGAAGUGGUGGCCAAGAUCUACCGAAAGUAUAACCGAACCUCCGGCUCCGAAGAGACCUCUCCCGGCGGAUUUAUCGCCUCUCAAAUGUCUCGCAAUAAGGAGGAAAAUGAAGACAAUUCUCUGGCAGCCAUUGGCGAAAUCCUUAGACAGAAAGAAUUCCUCGAGCGAAACAUAAUCUCUCUGAAAGAACAGAUCAAGAGAAUUGAACUGAAUCAUGAGCAGGCUUAUGCCCGAAAAGUCAAGGAAAACACGUUCCUGGUCGAAGAAAUCGAUCGACUGAAAGAGGAUCUUCGCCGUGUGAAGUCGUUUCGAACGCCGAAAAAAAGAGUCUCAUCCCAAACUUCCAGUGAGUCUGAUCCUUUUUGAGUGACAGUAUUCGUUUAUUUCUGCUACUGGAGUGGGCCUCACACAAUUCAAACCCAUGGUGAGCAUAACCACAUGUCAACAAUACAAUUCAAAUGACUACAUUCAAUUUCCAUUCCUGUCCAUUAUUUAUCAAGGAAUAUAACACGUGGAGUCCAGGU